AAUGGAAUUAUCACAAGUUAGUGAAAAAUCCUGUAAAAUAGAAACAUCAAAUCAUGAAGUAGAUGAUGCUCUUCUGGAUACCAUGAAAAUUGAAAUUAAAGAAGAACCCUUUAGUGAAAGUGCACAGGAGGAAUUUGUUUAUUCGGAUUUAAAAGAAUUACCUGUAAAGACUGAAAUUGAACAAGACGAGCAGAAGUUUGCACUAUUUGAAGAAAGUCAAGUUGAUGAAAAAUGUUUCCUCCAAGAGGAGAACCAAAUGCAAAUUAUGGAACCAUUAACUAAACCUUUAUAUCAUAAAGGAAACUAUGUAAGCAGAUGCAGUGAAGGAAAAAGAUUAAGUAAAAAUAAAAAAGUUCAGACUGGCCAAGAAUGUUACAACUGUGAAAUUUGUUUUAAGCAGUUUAGUCAAGAAGUUCUUUUGAAACGACAUUUGAGAGUGCACACUGGGGAAAAACCUCACAAGUGUGAAAUCUGUUUUAAGCAGUUUAGUCAAGCAGGUCAUUUGAAAGGACAUUUGAGAGUACACACUGGAGAAAAACCUCACAAGUGUGAAAUCUGUUUUCAGCAGUUUAAUCGAACACAUCAUUUGACAACACAUUUGAGAAGGCACACUGGAGAAAAACCUCACAAGUGUGAAAUCUGUUUUAAGCAGUUUAGUGUAGCAGAUCAUUUGAAAACACAUUUGAGAGUGCACACUGGUGAAAAAUCUUACAAGUGUGAAAUCUGUUUAAAGCAAUUUAGUCAAGCAGGUAGUUUAAAAAUACAUUUGAGGGUACACACUGGAGAAAAACCUCACAAGUGUGAAAUUUGUCUUCGGCAGUUCAGUCAAGCAGGACAUUUGAAAGUACAUUUGAGAGUACACACUGGAGAAAAACCUCACAAGUGUGAAAUUUGUUUUAAGCACUUUAUUCAAGCAGGUGAUUUGAAAAAACAUUUGAGAGUGCACACAGGAGAAAAACCUCACAAGUGUGAAAUCUGUUUUCAGCAGUUUAGUCGAGCACAUCAUUUGAAAACACAUUUGAGAGUGCACACUGGAGAAAAAGGUUACGAGUGUGAAAUUUGUUUUAAACAAUUUAGUGCAGCGGGUAAUUUGAAAACACAUUUGAGAGUGCACACUGGAGAAAGACCUUACAACUGUGAAAUUUGUUUCAAGCAGUUCACUCAUAAAAAUUCUUUGCAGCAACAUACGAAAGUUCACGCUGGUCAAAAACUUUAGACAGUUUAGUUAAACAAGUUAUUUGAAAACGCCUUAGAACAUGAAAUAAACAGGAAGGGGUACAGUAAAGUCUCGGUUAUCCGCCAUAAACUGACCGAUGGAAUGGCGGAUAAUAGGGAGAUAAAUGAAACACAAGUUUAGGUCUAUUGUAAUAGGGCGAUUCCAUUUCAAAUCACUCAAUUUUGGAUCAAAAAAACUUUUGGAUCUCCGAAUUGCCGGACUUCCCGGUUAUCGGAGGCCUACUUAUCGGGGUUCCACUGUAAUUAUUUUAGUGUUUAUAUUACUGAAAAGAGAUAUUACUAUAAAAUCAUAAAUUAAAAUUAAAAAUCGACCUGUUUCGGUAAUUUCUAAUAAUGUUGUUUAUUUAGCUAAUAUAGUUAUUUUCCUAACAAGUGCGGAAAUUCACUUUUCCGCACGCGAUUGCAGUUUGCCGAACGACGCGAAGCGGAGUUCGGCAAGCAGUCGGUUGCGGAGAAGAGACUUUCCGCACUUGUUAGGAAAAUACCCAUUUUGAAAAUAUUUUUUCUACGAGCGUUUAAAAAAUGACCAAAUCGUAAUCAAUUAAUUGAAUUAAUAUGAAAAUACAUACGCAAAUUAAUUCGUUGACAAGGUUGUCAAAACCAAACUUUCAAAUUGGUUAGCAUGAUGACGAUCCUGGUUUCCAUGACGACGAUUGAAAACCACUGUUAUUGUCUACUGAUUUAGCUUUCGAAUAUUAUGUUAAAAUAAUUUUAUUUCAUCGAAUUGUCGCGUUAAUUUCAUUAAAACAUGAACACAAUAAGAUACAUUUGAAAUAAAUUAGUAAAUAAUAUCUAAAUUCAUUGCGGAAAAGUAAAACUUUCCAAACUAAAACGCAUGCGGAAAAGUAGACAUUUUUGCACGCUCGUAGAAAAAUGAAUUUAUGCGUUACUCUGUAGACGCACUGUAUACGAGUAAUUAUGUAUAUAUCUGUACUUAUAAAUAAAUAGAAAUAAAAAAAUAUUUAUUUGUUUUUUAUU